AUGGGUAAGGUUGCAAUCAUAGGUGUUCUUCUGGUGGCCUUAAUGGUCAUAGCAGAAGCCCAAGUGCUCAUCGACACCGAAGAGGAUAACCAAUCCCAAAGAGGGAGGUGCCGUGAGGAGUUGAGUGGCCAUCGCUUCCGCAGUUGCCAGCGAUACCUGCAGAGAGGAGGACAAGGAGGACGAGGAGUAAGAUCGUUACUAAACAGGCGUGGCGAUCAGUAUGAAGACGAGUCACUGGACCAGUGCUGCAGAGAGCUGAGGCGUGUGGACGACCGGUGCAGGUGUCGGGCAAUAGAGCGGGCACUUGAUCAGGCGCAGGGGGAACAGGGCCAGCAGGGAGGAAGGUACGACGAGGACGAGAGGCAAGGAAGACAUGGAGGUCGGGGCCGGGGCCAGGGCCAGGGCCAGGGCCAGAACCAGAUGGAAGAAAGUUACGGGGACGAAAACCAGAGCAGGGGAAGAAGGUACGACGAGUACGGUAGGGGAGGUGACAGGGGCGAUGAGUCGAGAGACAGGGACCAGAUGACUCGAAGGGCUGAGAAUCUUCCCCACAGGUGCCGCCUGAAUAGGCCCCAGCACUGCGAGAUAAGGGGCUUUUACAACUGA